GGCGCGUCCUUUGCUCUAGCCGCGCCUGGGCGGCUAGUUCAAGUUGCCAUAGCUGCGAGUCCCGGGUGAGCAGAGUCGGUUGCGAGGCAGCGUUGGGUCAGUUGCACCUUCGGGGUCGCUGGUAGCCGCGGGAGCCGGGUGGGGCCUCGGCGAUGAUCCGGCGUUAAGAACUUGGAGUCACCUUUGGUCUAAGGUGUUUUGGAGGAAGUGUCGAGGCAACCAAAAAGAUCAUCUACUCGACUAGACCUCUCGCCCUGAACCUCAUGAAGAAAUGAAAGGAGGCGGGCACCCUGAGCUCCAAGGACGGCAACGCAGAGUUCUGGGAGUGCACUUUGAGUUCCACCAGAUGCAGGAGUCUGAGCACCUCUCAUUGCUCAGAGUGAUCAAGAUUAAUAACACAAGCCUUCGAGCACACCUGUGAAGCUCAUGCUGAAAGCGUCUCACUGAAAGUAUGUGAUCCUAGCCGGGGAUUUGUCUACAUCAAUGGCAGAAUCAUCCAGUGAUUCAGAGCAUUUCCGCUAUCGUGAUGGACUGAGUCGAUGGGCAACCAGGUCAGUUCAAAGGGGAAUUGGAAGUCGUUCUACAGUUGAUGUCACCGCAAAGGUCAACACCAUAACCAAUACUUUACAGGACACCACUCGGAAUCUUCGACAAGUGGAUCAGAUGCUUGGGCGAUAUCGAGAAUACAGCACUGGACAGGCGAGCGCCGUUGGGCAGUUAAAGGAAGAUUUGGAGCAGUCAAUAAGCCAACUGAGGAGUCAGCGCUUACGGAGAACCUCAGGAGGGAGAAGUGUUUCUGUCACCAGCCUGAGUGCAAGUGACCUCGAUGCUGGCGCUGUGGCAGAGAGUCUCCGUUUUACACCUACCUCACCUCUGAAGGACUACGAUCCACAGAGUAUUAAGCGAAACAGGCUCAGAACUGGUGUUCGGUUUGUCUCGGAGACAGACGACAUGGUCCAGCUCCAUACUUUUCACCAGUCCCUCCGCGACCUCAGUAGUGAACAAGUUCGGCUUGGAGAUGAUCUCAACAAGGAGCUUUUCAGAAGAAGCCGGUCUGAUGCUGAAACAAAAAGGGUGUUAGAACAAUUGACUGAGAGGCUUAACGAAGCCCAGAAGCCUGAUGUGGUUUCAGAUCGAGUGGAGCGGCGGCUUCAGGAAAUAGAAAGAGAGAUGCGCUUAGAAAGAGAGCUGGUGGAAAGACGGCACGAUCAGCUGGGGCUCGUGUCCUUGAGGCUUCAGGAGGCACUGAAGAAACAAGAAACUAAAGCGGAUGAGAAUGAGGACGUAAUAAAAAAAAAGCUGCGACAAACUGAAACCGAGAAGAGCCAACUGGAACACGAAUUGGAGAUCUCGCGCAGGCUGCUGAGUCAAUCUGAAGGCACUAGAGAAACGCUUUUGCAUCAGGUGGAAGAGUUGCGUACACAACUUAUCAAAGCAGAAGGUGACCAAAGGGGUUUACAGCAUCAAGUAUCUUGCAUUUCUAAGCAAUCAUCAAGCCACCAGGAUGAUCAAGGCGAUGACCGGAGGUUUAGAAGAGGAGUGGAGCGGGAGAAGCACAGUCUGGAGAAGCAGAUGGCCGAUCUGCGAGUGCAGCUGAACUUCAACUCCAUGGCUUCCGAGUUAGAGGAAGUGAAGCGGUGCAUGGAGCGGAAAGACCAGGAGAAAGCCACUCUGGCAGCCCAGAUCCAGAAUCUAACACGAGACUUGGAGAACAGGGAAAAACAACAGCUGCAGAUGUUGGAUCAACUCACGGAGAUCCAGAAUCACUUUGAGACCUGUGAAGCCAAUCGUAAGCGGACCGACCUCCAGAUCUCAGAGCUGAGUCACCAUGCAGAGGAUGCGACCAAGCAGGCGGAACACUACCUUAGUGAGUUCCAGAGGUCAGAAGCCCUGCGAGAGGAGGCCGAGAAGAGGAGAGAGGACCUGAAGACGAAGGCCCAGGAGACCAUCCGGCAGUGGAAGUUAAAGCAUAAGAAGCUGGAGCGGUCGAUGGAGAAGCAGGCAGAAGCCCUUGUCCAGCUGACAGACAAGAACAGCCAGGUACGCGAGCCAGGUUCUUCACUCUUCAUUUAUGCAAGCUGUGAACAAGCGCUUGAGGACCAUGCUGUGCCUAUGAGUACUGAUACAUCCUCAGACAAAGAGCUCUUAAGUAUUGUCUCCUUGACGGGAAAACAUUAUUUAGAGUUUGGAUUUUUCAAAUCUGCUCUGAGUGGAAGAAAACCCUCUAGCAUAAAGUUUGGCAAGUUUAGUGGUGAAGAUGUCUUGAUCUUGGCUGAUUUCAAAGGAGGCAUGGCCGGGCAGGCAGAAAGCUUAGAAGAUAAGAAUAUGGCUAAAGCCCAUCUCGGUCAACUAGAGAAGCUGAAAUCCCAGUGUGAGAAACUGACGGAGGAAUUAACCCAGACUGAAAAUGAGAACAAAAAACUGAAGCUAAAAUACCAGAGUCUGAAGGAGGAACUAGAAGAGAAGGAGAGACAUAUAAGUAACGAAGAGGAGCACUUGAAGAGGAUGGAGGAGUCCAGGCUGCAGCUCAAGGAACAGCUUCUCUGUUUGGAGACAGAACAGGAAUCCAUUCUUAGUGUAAUAGGAAAAGAAAUUGAUGAAGCUUGUAAAACUUUCUCCAGAGACUCCAUGGAGAAAUUGAAAGUAUUUACCUCUGGUCCUCAAAUACAUUAUGAUCCACAUCGAUGGUUAGCUGAAAGCAAGACCAAAUUGCAGUGGCUGUGUGAGGAGCUGAAAGAGAGAGAGAGCCGAGAGAAGAGCAUGCGGCAGCAGCUGGCGGCCUGCAGGCAGGAGCUCAGAGAGCUGACGGAGUACAAGGAGUCUGAGCUCCUGAGUCUGUUUGAGCACAUCGAGAGGCAGGAACAGCUUCUGGAGGAGUUCCACCAGGAGAAGAGAGGUCUUCUAGAAGAGACUCAAAGGAAAGAUGAAGAAGUAGAAACUCUCCAGGACCGUGUAAAUGCAUUACAAAUGAGUACUCGAGUGGCCUUGAACCAUCUGGAGUCUGUGCCUGAGAAACUGAGCCUGCUAGAGGAUUUCAAAGACUUCAGAGGUUCCUCCAGUUUAUCUGAGAAAACUGACGGCAGAUACUCUAAAUACAGUCUACAUGGAGAUUCUGCUCAACAGCGUCGAGACGACACCAAGCAUAGAAUCAAGAGCUUCAGGGACGACAGGCCCUUUUCUGCUGGUUCCCACACUCAUGGCCUAGAUCACUCCUCCUCUUGGCAGGACCACAGUCGCUUCCUGUCUAGUCCACAGUUUUCACACUUUAACUCCUUGCCAGUAUUUACCAAAAGAACCAUUGCCACAGAUCCAGCUUCAAUCGAGGGAGAUGCCACAAGUCUACCAGCAAAUGGAACAAGUCCACAAUCCAAGAGGGAGGAACAUGAGAGCAAAAAAUACAAAAUGUGACCCGCAACUUCACUGGAGUAUUUCACAAGUAGCAGCCGAUGCUCGGAUUGCCCCUCACCUCAGAUUAUCUAAAGACAUUAGUGGCUUCAGCUCCUUGGACCCGCCAAGUGUUGACUAGCAUGACCUUAUAGCCAGUCUUUGUGAAUGAGAGUAAAUUUAACUUGUGGGCAUAAUAUGAACUUGUGAACAGUAUAUAAUUCAUUUAAAGGCAACUCAUACCGGCAGAGAAAGUGAUCAAUUUUACCUUAUAUUUUCCUAUUUCUGUAUCACAAUUUUCCAACCCAACCUUAAAUUUAUAAUUGAUGCCUUUCCGAGAUGACUGGCUACAAGCAGAGGAAGGGAUUCCCUCCAGGCAAAUGUUUCCUGCAGUUUAGAUUCGGGCACAUUUAUACAGUGGAUUCGUAGAUGCUUUCUCCCUAAUCAAUUGUCCAGUGUCGUACACUGCUGUGGGGAUGCCUGUGGAAUAUUAGAUUGUCUUUAAAUGCUCAUUGUCAUUCACCUGUCAUCUCAGCAGUCUGUUACUACAUAAAGUAUCUUCAAACUAUUCCAAUUAUCAUUUUAAUUGCAAAAGAAUUUCUAAAUGAUAGCUGAAUCAUAGAGCACCAUAAAGAAUUCAUAACACCAUUUAUAUGUUUGUCACCAUUUAUAUGUUUGUCAUGUUAUGGCCAAUUGUCCCACUGUGAUCAUCCUUGUCUUACUCUGGAUGGUCUUUGGUUUGCUCAGACCUCAGUCCCAGCACCCGUCUCUUGGCUCAGUGGGAUCCACUCUGUAGGAAUCUUUAUCCUUUGGUACUACCUGACUGCUUUCACAUCCCAGCCUUUUCAACGACAACAUGCUUUAUAACCUUACAGCUCUGCCUUGCCCAUCUACCAGUGAAUGCUAAAUAAUCGUCAUCAUUCUGAAACAGUCCUACUGGGCCAUGGUGGGAAGACCUGCACUGAGGCAGGAACAAUAAAGCAAUUCCUUUGUAAGAACA